UAGCAACUGUUGCCCAGUGAGGCAGCGCCAUAGUCACCGUAGUCCUGGCGACUGUAACCCACCAACAACAACCUCUCGCUCCAUCAUUACCACCUCCUCCACCAUCCUCAUCUUCAUCAACCAGUCCACAGCUCAGGCGCCAUGCAGACCCCUGAAGCAGGCGCUGACUCCACCUCCACUGUCACUCUUCAGACCACCGUGCCUGUCCAGCCUACCGGCUCCACCCAGCAGGUGCCUGUCCAGCAACAGGCCCAGACUGUUCAGCAUGUUUACCCAGCACAGGUGCAGUAUGUGGAGGAAAACAGUGGCGUCUACACCAAUGGCAACAUAAGAACAUACUCGUACUCAGAGCCGCAGCUGUAUAGCCAGAACAGUGGAGGGAGCUACUUUGACACACAGGGAAGCUCAUCACAAGUGUCCACUGUGGUGACAUCUCAUGGCAUGACCAACAAUGGAGGAGGGGGCAGUGGAGGAAUGAGCAUGAAUCUGGCGGGGGGUCAGGUAAUCAGCACCAGUCCUGGGGCUUACAUCAUGGACAACACUGGACCCCACCCUGCCACCCAGACGGCACGAGCUUCCCCAGCUACUAUUGAAAUGGCGAUUGAGACGCUCCAAAAAUCUGAGGGUUUAUCCAGUCAGAGAAGCUCGCUGCUCAACAGCCAUCUCCAGUGGCUGUUGGACAAUUACGAGACCGCAGAGGGCGUAAGUCUACCACGAUCCACCCUCUACAAUCAUUAUCUGCGCCACUGCCAGGAGCAGAAACUGGACCCUGUAAAUGCAGCCUCUUUUGGCAAACUCAUCCGCUCCAUCUUCAUGGGACUUCGUACAAGGCGUCUUGGGACAAGAGGGAACUCCAAAUAUCAUUACUAUGGUAUACGUGUGAAACCAGACUCCCCACUAAAUAGACUCCAAGAAGACAUGCAGUACAUGGCCCUCAGACAGCAACCUGUUCAGCAAAAACAGAGGUUCAAGCCAGUGCAGAAGUUUGAUGGCUGUUCUGGGGAGAAUUACUCAGGUGGAGGCCAGCACCAUCCUGGUGCAGAGGAGCAGACAGUCAUUGCACAGAGUCAACACCACCAGCAGUUCCUAGAUGCAUCACGGGCCCUCCCUGACUUUGUAGAGCUGGACCUGGGACAGAGCAAUAUGGAGAACAUCAGUCCGGAGGAUGUGAAAGCUCUCCAGGCCCUUUACAGAGAGCACUGUGAGGCUAUCCUGGAUGUGGUUGUCAACCUCCAGUUCAGUCUAAUUGAGAAGUUGUGGCAGACAUUCUGGCGUUAUUCUCCCCCUGACUCUGCAGAGGGUGCCACUGUAACAGAAAACAGCAGUUUAAGUGAGAUUGAAGCACGGCUACCCCGUUCACAGCUAUUGGAACUGUGUAGAAACGAGGCUGUACUCAAAUGGAUGAGCACAUGUGACCAUCUUAUGUACCAGGCCCUUGUGGAGAUCCUCAUUCCUGAUGUCCUGAGACCCAUUCCCAGUGCCUUGACUCAAGCCAUUCGCAACUUUGCCAAAAGCCUGGAAGGUUGGCUCAAUAAUGCCAUGAAUGCCAUUCCACAGAGAAUGAUCCAGACCAAGAUUGCCGCUGUUAGUGCCUUUGCGCAAACACUGCGCAGAUACACAUCUCUGAACCACCUGGCUCAGGCGGCACGUGCUGUUUUGCAAAACACGUCACAGAUUAACCAGAUGUUGAGUGAUCUCAAUCGUGUUGACUUUGCCAACGUACAGGAGCAGGCAUCAUGGGUGUGCCAGUGUGAAGAGGGAGUAGUUCAGCACUUGGAGCAGGACUUCAAGGCCACACUACAGCAGCAAAGCUCUCUGGAGCAAUGGGCAGCCUGGCUGGAAAAUGUGGUCACUCAGGUGCUCAACCCUUACGAGCACCGGCCCAGCUUCCCCAGGGCAGCUCGACAAUUCCUGCUCAAGUGGUCCUUUUACAGUUCUAUGGUGAUCAGGGACCUGACCCUGCGCAGUGCUGCCAGCUUUGGUUCCUUCCACUUGAUUCGCCUGCUGUACGAUGAAUACAUGUUUUACCUAGUGGAGCAUCGUGUGGCACAAGCUACUGGAGAGACACCCAUUGGUGUCAUGGGGGAGUUCGACAGCCUCAACACCCUGUCCCUCUCUAAUAUUGAUAAAGAUGAAACGAGUGGGAUGGACAGUGAUUUGGAAGAUGACGUGGAGGAGUCCGGGGAACCUCUUGCCAAGCGAGAGAAGUCGGAGCAUGAAGUGAUCCAGGUGAUCCAGGUCGGGGCACAAGAGGACGGGUCCCACCCUGUGGUGGGGGUCGUCCAGCCAGGUGUCCUCCACUCGCUGCCCCAGCCCCCGCAGGACCACACUGAGCACAUCCUAACCCCCUCUGCCGGUACUCCCACCAUCCGCCACUGCAGCGCCACAGGCAACACAUAUGCCUCCGUUUGAGGGUCUGAGGGCACAGCGGACCUUUUUUCACUCUCCACAUAUCUUUCUCUCUGUAAGUCUAGAUGUUUCCGUCUUUUUCACGCAUUGUCUGUGUCUGCACUUGUGCGGACACGCUCUCCGCUCCCUAUCUAGCCCGGUCAGUGGAGGAGUACUGAAAUGAUGAUACUCUGGCCAAGAUGUGCUGUCCGUGUCUGACUGCUUAGAUUCUGGAUGUGGUGUCAUCACAUAAGUCUGUGCUCUAUCCCAAUGGGGCAGCUGGAGGAGGAAUAACUUGACCCGUUAAAAGUUUCCUGCCUAGACAUGACUUAACGCCUCUGUCUGUCCACACAGACCGGUUUUGUCUUGAAGGAAAAUUCAACUCUUUCAAACUGCUGAUGUCUCAGAGCUCAAAUCCAUGUCACUAGUCCCAGUGGAGCAAAGUCAUCAAUUGACUCAAGACCUUCACCUAUUGUAAAUAGUUUUGCUGUAUCUUCAAUUGGUAUUACCCAAAACUCAUGGUGCUAUCGUUGUUUUGUUUUGAUUUCCAUUUAUCCCUCCUACUUUUAGCAUGAUUUAUGUCCACAUCCAUUCCAACUGCUGAUAAACGUUUGGCUGAACAUAUAUUUUUAGUAUUGUAUAUAGCUAAAAAACAAGGGGAGGACGUUCUAUGAAUCUAUGGCAUUUGAAACAGGAUCAUGGGGCAGUUUUUUCUGUUCUGUUUAAAAAAUAUAUAUGGUAGCCACCCACUGAUAACCAUUUUAGCCACAGAAAAAAGAAACCCCUAAAGAAAUAUCUGUGCUGCUACUUGUGUAUAUAGAAAUGAGAUUAAGAAGACCGGCUGUACAAAACCACUUCCUCAAUGCUAGCUUUUCUAUGCACUCUGUGCAUAACGCUUGCCUUUCUUCAUUUUAGAUGCUCUGUAGUGUGGUUUACUUGAUCAGCCAGCUGUAAUCUUGAAAACAACUUACUGGAUAUUUUCCCCUUUUCUUUGCAGUUUAUGUCUUAAUGAAAUUUUCCUAAGUUCACAAAGGACCAAAAACAAACCAACAAGAGGAAGCUGAGAGGGAGCCAAUUGGGCCACCUGAAAGCUGUUUCCUGUCCCACAGUGCCAUGUUGCAGAGCAGACGGAAUGUCAGGGAUUUAAUGUACCUCGGCUUUAUCAUAGUGCCUUAUCCUUAAAUGCAGCUGUCCUUGUAGUCCUGACUGUGUGCUGCAGGAAGCCCACACUCGCUCUGCGUUGUCCGAGCCAAAACUUUGGCUUUCUGGUGACUUGUGGCUGGAUUUGGGCUGGCUCAUCAGUGUCAAGACCAAGGAAUGCAGGCACAGAAACAACUGUUGUUUUUUUCUCUGGAUCAGCUCUACAAAGCUUGUUACUUAUCUGAAUCAUGGUCUUUAGCCUUGCUCCUGCCCUCACUCUGCCCUCUUGAGGCCUAUUCUUGCAUUAGCCUUUGUUAUCGGGUGAAGUGUGUGUGUGUUUGUGUGCGUGCGCAUGUGUAUGUGCGCAUGUGUGUGUGUGAACACGGAUGCAUAGGUCUGCACUGUGUUUUUAUGUGCAUGUGUAUAUAAGCCUGUGUGUCUGCGUGCUUGUGUGAAUGUGUUGGAACACAUCCAUCAGUCACCCUACCUCAAACCAGUGGUGCCAGCCCUUUGACGCGUGCAGCACAGUCACCAAACCUUAUUGCACACACACCACUGUACUGCACAACUCUCAACGCGAUAGAGAAAAACUGCUUUGCUUUUCUCUCACCUCUGAUACAUUUUCAUUUCAGUUUUUAGCCCAUAAAAAUGCUUUCAUCCUUUGUUCCCUGUUUAAAGAUCAUCUUUGUACAGUGGACCAAAAGUAGAUAUUUUGUGAUAUUCAAAGAAAUAUAUAGAUAUAUAUAGAUAUAUAUAUGUAUAGUAUAUAUAAUGAUGAUACACUACAUAUAUCUGUUGCUUUAUACGUGAUUGUUUUCUUUUCGUAGCUCCUCUGUAAUUAGUUCAUUGACUGUGAAAUGGGAAAGGCAUGGGGACUAACUUCUGAUUCAUUAGACUACAUAUUAAUACUUGAACUGUUAUAGCAUUCUAUGUUGUGGAGAUUAUUGAGAUUAAUCCUCUAAAUAGGAACAUUUUGUUACUAAAAAUGAUUUUUGUUAUUGUUUUUUCCAUGCUUGUUGAAAUGGUCUGCACGAUUUCUCUGCAGAGAUGUUUAUUUAUUGAUAUUUAUUGUGUUUUGGUUUAGAUGCUUACGCAUUACAACAUAUUAUAAUGGGUACUGAUAAUGAAUCAUGAAUUACACCACUGGAAACAGCAGACCUACUGUACAGGAGGACCAGAGGGUUUUUGUUGUUGUUGUUGUUUUUCUUUAUAAGUCAUGAUGUAUGUAGGUUGAUUAAGGUUU